UAUCCCACACUCAGAUGACUGCUGCAGCUUACCAUUUACAACUGAAACUGCAAAAAUGCUCCAAGGGCAGUAUGUUGUUUCCAGUGCUGAGAUAACCUUACCUUAAAGGACGUGCUGCAACUACAAGGGUGUGAUCACAAGAGCAGACAGAGUGGGAGGGCAGGAUCCCAUUCUUUCGAAGAAAAAAAAAAAGAAAAGGUUGGCUCCACAAAAGCUUUACCAGUGAACGUAUAGGAUCUAACAGGGCUGUUAUCUUUUAGGGAUAAGUGCAAUAUAUGAACUGUAUGAGUGACUGGCUUCACACAGAUAAGUCCCCGGAGAACACACUACAGUGGGCACACCAAAGAAUGUUGCAGACAGUUGGUGGGUGGCUGUGGUGGGAGCGUCUGUGGCUGCCAGGGAAUGUCUCCUGGUCUGACCUGGAGGACAGUGAAGGUCGUGUCUAUGCUAAAGCCUCUCAACUUUACGCUGCUCUGCCCUGCGCCCUCUGCCUGCUUCUAGUCAGAUUCUUGUUUGAAAGAUACCUGGCCACACCAGUGGCUAAUGUUUGGGGAAUCAGGGACAGGGUACGUCUGACAGCAGAACAAAACCCCAUCCUAGAAAACUACUUCUGCCGCCAAGCACGAGUUCCAUCACAGGCUGAUGUGAGGUCUCUGUGUAAAAAGACGAGUUGGCCAGAAAGAAGAGUUCAAGUCUGGUUCAGGAGGAGGAGGAACCAGGAGCGACCUGGGCUUCGGAAGAGGUUCUGUGAGGCCAGUUGGAGAUGCGUGUUUUAUUUUUUUGCAUUUGUCGGUGGAGUCCUAGCUCUCUAUGAUAAACCUUGGCUUUAUAACCUGAAGGAGGUUUGGGAAGGCUUCCCUAAACAGGUAUCCAUGCUACCAUCUCAAUACUGGUAUUACCUCUUGGAAAUGGGAUUCUACCUUUCUCUGCUCCUUAGCCUCUCAUUUGAUGUUAAACGGAAAGACUUCAAAGAGCAGGUGAUUCAUCAUAUAGCCACACUGACUCUUCUCAGUUUCUCCUGGAUUUCAAACUACAUCCGUAUUGGAACCAUUGUGAUGGCAGUUCAUGACUCUGCUGACAUACUGCUGGAGGGUGCAAAGGUAUUCAACUACGCCAAGUGGCACAAGACUGCAAACGCCAUAUUUGUAGUGUUUACAGUUCUCUUUAUGUUGACAAGGCUUGUCAUUUUUCCUUUCUGGCUGAUCCACUGCACAUGGGUGUACCCGCCGGAGAAGUUUCCUCCCUUCUUUGGCUAUUACUUCUUCAACGUCAUGCUGUUGCUUCUACAGAUACUACACCUCUACUGGGCUGCUCUCAUUUCACGAAUGUUUUACAAGUGUAUCUUCAGCAAGCUUGAGGGCGAUGACAGGAGUGAUGAAGAGGAGGAUGACAGUGACUCACCGAAGGAAAGAAACCACAAACUGAGUCACAUGAAUGGCUCUGGAGCCAGAGGCCGAGCCAAUGGCCACUGACACAGACAGACUGACACAUAGACAGACAGAAACAGAGAAAAAGGAAAAUGGAUAGAAGAAACAUGGACAGAUUCAGUCUGGACUGCAGCAGUUAGAGCCUAAUUGCAUAUAUUACACACUCUUGAGCAGAGAAUAUUGUAUUUAUAGCUACUGUGGAUUAUACCUAAAUUGACUGGAAGAUAUAUGGUUUCUGGAAUUCACUGAGUUCAGAACUUUUAACAGCAUAUUAUUUUGUUCUACUCAUAAUUUAAAAAAUAGACAAUAAUGAUGGUGAUGACAUGAGUUCCAUGUGAUGGGUAUGUGCAUCUCCAGUAUGUGUGUGGUUUGUGGAGCACAUUAAUGCAAAAUUAAGCACUACACUAAGUGUGUCCAUCUGAUAAUGGGAAGCUGUGGCAGUAACUAAGUACAUUUGCUUAAGUAUUGUGUACAAUUUUUCUACUUUACUUGAGUAUUUCCAGUUUAUGGUCGUUUAUACUUUUUCUCCAGCACAUUUCAGAGGUAAAUAUUGUACUUUUUACUCUACUACAUUCAUCUGACAAUUAUCUCAUUGCUCAGCUCAUAAAACAUGAUGUGUUACUACAGAUGAAAAAUUCUGCACACCAACACAGGUGUUUUCAGUUAUGUGGCUAAUUAGACCAGGUCAGGUUGGACUCGUGCAAAGCUCUGCUGGGAUUUACAUAAGGUUAGGAAGCCCCGAGAAGUUUCUAUUUUUGAUCUUGUUUUAUACAGUAAUAACCAUAAUAAUUGUGUGCACACAAUAUUAUCUUUUAUGCAUUAACUUGAGAAAAAAAAACUGAAAAGGGGCAUCCUGCCUAAUGAGUGGCCCUACUUUUACUUUCCAUAUUUCAAGUUGAUUUUGCAGGUAGGCAACAACUUGUGUACUUUUCCUUAAGUAGAAUUCGAGUGAAUGAAUGUAUGUCUACACUAUGGGAUAGCUACGUUAACCACUAAAUAAAAGAUCUGAAUUCUUCUUCCACAAAUGGUGAGAAGC